UAGGCUUUGCAGUUGAAUUAUCGUCCGUGUUUCGCCUGCUGUGGAUUAUCACUUAGGACUCACGACGAAUAACCAAAAGGCCUUGGGAACAUUGGUGCGCAGGUGAUCAAAGUUUUUGGAAACUUUGAAAGCUAAAGUUCUAGUAAAAAAACUGUCUACUCGUUCGUUCAGGAGGAGUCCAGCUCUGGAACCCACGCUGGAGAUUUGAAAAAGGAGUGGAACGUAUGGACGUUUUCAACACCAUCCUCUGGGGGCUGUAAGUUUGGUUCCAUCAUCUCAAAAGUCUUUUUUUUGUUCACUUUUUUCUUCCAGAUCUUUUGGAAAGCUGCUCCAGAUCUUGCUGCUUUUGGCAAAGGCCAGACCCCAUCCUGGAGAUGAUAAAUUGGAAACCAUCCAGCUAGCAUCUGGUAUAGCUCAGGAAAUGAUCUAAGGAAGCAUUGAGCUCUAUCCAUCCUGGCCUGACCAGCAGCUACCAGAUUCAAGUCUACACAGAUUGUGUGAGCCCGAAUAAUCGAAGCUUUUUACUGUUCCCUAGGGUUUUCCGGGAGCAAGCGCGGAAUGGCGUCUCUCGAGGAGCCUUUGAUCGUAGUCUCCGACGCGAUAGCCAGUCUCCCGGACGCGACAGCGAGUCUCCAGGACGAGCUCCACGUUGUGCCACAUCAGCACCACGUCGUACCACACCAGCGCCAGCAGGACGCGCCAGAGCGACACCAGGACGAGCGCCACCAGGAGACGCUGAUGGAAAAGGCAUUCAAGAUAUCAGCUGUCCUUGCAUCGGUAAUUCUGUAUGUCUUGCCGGUUUUCCUCGCGAAAACAGCGUUACUCCCGGGGACUCAACUAGCCAUUUUAUAUGGCACUUCGACUUUGAACUGCAUAAGCUGGUUUGUCUAUGGCCGAAUUGAACAAGAUGUGGUGGUCGAAAACGUGAACUUCCUUGGGCUCGUAACAGGGCUCAUGUUUACCGUGCAUACUGUCGGCGAUGUUACCUGGUGGCCUGUGCUAUCGCUGGGUGGUUCAUUCGUGUGGCCGCUUCUUGUUGCAGUGGCUUACUACGCUUUUCUCUACGGGUUGUACGGGAACUUCAAAAAGGAGAAAGUGUGCUGCUGCGAACUCACGGUCAUGGAGUUUUCUGGUGUCGCCACCACUGUCCUUGCUUCAGGGGUGCCCUUGUGCUUUCGUGCUGUAAGAUUGUGUAUUCUUUUGCAGUGGCUUCUUGAGAGUUUUCUUUUUGUGAUGCAGGUGACGAUGAUCAGCACUACCAGCAAAGCCACAGGGUCUCCUCUCGUUCCACUGAUGGCGACGGCAUGUAACAUCCUGUGGGCUGCUUACACCCAUAUGGCAAAAAAGAAAGCCAUGCGUGCUGCUAGCAUUUCAGCAGCUCUGCUAGCUGGAGCCCUCUCCAUCCUCUCGGUGAAAGAGAGGAUGCUUUGACAUCAUGCUUACUUCUCAGCUCACUUGCGUCACACUUUUUUUCUCUACAGAAUGUAGAGCUUGUCGUUUUUUUGGAACUCUACGCGUCCCGUAGAGUUCACGCGAGAAUAAAACGAACGAAGUCUUGACGCACACUGCCACGUAAGAUCUCGCAUGAAUCGGUUCUGUAACGUGGCCAAACUGUUGAAAUGAAUCGGAGGAAACCAAGUAACUGUCAAAGCUCGGAUGGAGAUGGAUAAGCUACAGGAUAGUUUUUACUUAUCCCAUUCUGCUGUCCAUGUCGCAGCAAUCGGGAACGCUCGUCAAGUGGACGAGUGGCUUUGCCAUAGCUGAGAAGGUAGAGUAGUCGCCUGCCCAUUCGUUUUUCCAUGUAGGCAGACAUAACGGCUCGGGAUUAUCUGGAGAUCACGAGAGUUUCUGUUCGUGUUCGGAUAAAGAUGGAGGCUGAUGCACAUGAACCAAAUUCACUGCUGGACUCGAAUCGGGAUCCCUCGGACUUGUUUUCCACAGCAUGCAACGAUGUGUUUUUGGAUUAGCAGUGGAUUGGAGCAAGCUGACACUACGGCCAUGGCAACGAGUAUGCUUGACAACCAGCCUGGCCUUGGAUAUCGUGUCGUCGCAGUUUAACUUCAAACGAAUCCUCGGCACCUACACUCACCGGGAAAGCAACUUGAGACUGUCCUAAAGGAGUCGACGGGUCUGGACGACCAUUGUGCUGAGCUCGAGGGCACACUUAUCAACGUCUGACCAUUACGACUCAAGCAGAGGAUACACAAAAGGAUCCCGUAGCCACCGAUUUGGACAAGCACUCGAGCUUUAGUUCCAUCAGCACGGACAUGGACGAACUUUCAGUUAUUUGAGUGGCACCUAUCGCAAGUAUUCAAGAGGACGUCUCUGUCAGCAAGACGACUUUCAACGCUGUUGCAAUUCUUUUCGAAGAUUUUGGAGCAGACUCUGUGACGGACGUUAAGGGAAAGGAGAAACAGCUGCGACAAUGAGCUAAGUCCAAUGUAGCAAAAAGGAAGAGAUCCGUCUUGUAGAUGUGAUGGAGAAACUUUUCAGAGCAUUUUUGGAGC